UUCUCCUCUCAUCGUCUCUCGUGGCCUCAACUCUCCUCCCUCUCGCGUUCUCUCGUGUCCUCCCCGCUGCUUUUCUCUCCUCACCUCACCUCCCGUCUCCUACCCUACCCUCAUAGCUUCCCCUCUCCUGUUCUCGCAUCUCGUCCCCGCCGCUGCUUUCGUCGCAUGCCUCUCCAAAGGCAGCACUGUCUGUCAUACGAUCUUACGAUUCUAUGUUCUGUUAUCAUCCGAGUUUAUUGACCCCUUCACGAUCCUAGAGUCAAUGCACACAGCUUUCAAACAAGUAGAGGGGCUGUUUCAUUGACUUAAAACCUGGUCGCCUAAGUUCGAUGGCUCACCCACGUGCGAUGGGUCACCCUCCAAAUUCUGUAGAACAACUGGAACUCUUCCAAUACCAGAAAAUUAUGAUCUGUUGUGAACCCUCUGCGAUUACUUUUUCAGAAUAGAUGGGUAAGGCAAAGCGUGGAUCAAUAUUUAUCAGGUUGGUCUCAGCUGCUGGAACUGGAUUUUUUUAUGUUAAGCGAAAGAAUCCUGGGAAGAUGACAGAAAAACUCGAGUUCCGCAAGUAUGAUCCGCGAGUGAACAAGCAUGUUCUCUUUACAGAAGCAAAGAUGAAGUGAGGUCCUAUUUUUCUCUUGAUUUUCUGUAAGUGGCACUAUAUGCUCUGGCUGAAUUGCUAAAGACGUGGUGAUCUAAAAUAAUAUUUCUGUGAUGUUAGUUA